AUGCCAGUGCCAUGGACUGGCGCUAAGGCCGAGCAGAGGUACAACGUUACCACCGACUUUCCAAGCCUUGGUCUUCAUGCCGCUUGUGCGACCGGUAACGUCGGAGGUGUAGAGUUUGCCCUGGCUCGUGGCCAGCCAGUCAAUUCUGUGCUGGAUGGUGUUCUUCCCAUUCAUGUCGCAGCCUCCGGGGGCUCAGAACGAGUUGUACGACUUCUUAUCGACCAUGGGGCGGAUGUUAACGCGCUACGCCUUCCACGUCGAUACUCAAAUGACAAAACUCGCGAUGCCUCCUCUGUCAUUAUUGGCGCCAGCAAUAGCACCCCAUUACAUUUCGCCGCUGCUAACGGCAAGCUUGCUGUUGUUCGACUCUUGUUACAACAUGGUGCUCACGCAAAUCGACCCGAUAAACAUGGAGUCACUCCGGAACUCGUAGCGCGUCAGAACGGCCACGAGGAUUGUGCAGAAGAACUUCGUUCUUGGUCCCGAAAGCGGGAUAAAGAUUUACUCGAGCGCGAGCCUCCCGUUGAUGACGACGAAAAUGGAAGUCGCAGAAGAAUCCACAUGAAGCGGUCUGUGGACACUGCACUGAGCGUAUUCAAGGGUGGAUCAACAGAAGCCCUCAGACCGCCCCCGAUGCCAUCAACGUCCACCAAUUCCUCAACUCCACCAGGAUCACCAAUGCGACCUUUUGGGGAAUACACGUUUUACCCGACUAGUCCGAGUCCUAGUCCAAUUGAUUACGGCUCACGUCGGCCCUCUCUUCCCCAAAUAACUCAUCCAACGCCACCUUCCGUCAAUCGUAAGGCCUCUUUGGCUUCUCGAACAAACCCCCGGCGACCUCGGUCUGCUGGAAAUGGCGCAGAACCUGAAACGACACAAUUUGGACGGGGCGGAGCAGGCAGAAAGCUGGGAAGCAAAUAUUCCCUGCUUAAUAUGUUCAAGAAAGGCCAAGUCGAAGAGGACGGCCAGCCUGUAUCAGCCACCGCAGGACUACCUUCCGCUCUCUCAUCGUCAUCCAGUGUUGCUUUGCCUCAAACUUCGGUAGAAUCAUCACCAGGACCGUCUUCUGCCCACUUGCCAGAAAAUCCGUCGCCUUCUUUUAUUCGACGACCAUCGAAUUUGUCCCCUUCCAUGAAAACCCAACCUUUACCCGGGGCGCAAAAAUCACCGACACGUCCUCCGAUGGCUGUUGAUCUCCACAACGCAUUUGCUCUCCAUCAACAUCGGGAGCGGUCAGGCUCCGGCACUGGCACGCCUUUUGAAGCAGCGGCAUUUCUCAACGCCACCAUGACCGAGAGUGGCAGUCCUGGUUCUCUCUCGCGGUUGAACGUGCUUAGGCCCGGUCACGUGAGGGAUCGAUCGGGUUCAAGAGGCAGCAGCAGGACUGAGGAAGAGUCUUUGGGCCGACCGGGAAUACUACGAGCCCAUAACCGGAGUAUUUCUGGUCCAGCACCUCCAGCUGUUCGCGCCCUCCGAUUUGAUCCGACAUCGGAUGCGAAUGGUCGAAGAGCUGACAGCCCUUCAAGAAUUACAUCUUCGACCGCCCUACGUGGAAGCACUAGUGCUGGCUCACUCUCGAGACUAAGAAAUGAUAUAGCCGAAGACCGUGAUCUCCCUGACUCUGCACCUGCUGCUGUUACCGAUUUCGAUCUCGAGGCGCUGGAGAAACAUUUUCUUGAAGAUGAUGAAGAGGAUGAAUACGCAUAUGGCCGUCCUCUGCCAAACUCUCGUCUUGCAAUAAUUGCAGCAAGCCGGCAGCAAAUACCGUCACCGCUACAAAGCACUGGUCUUCCUUUCAGUAUUCGCGACCCUCCCGAGAGUGUACCUCCUGAUGUUCGGGCUCGUGGCGCUUCUGUUAGCAGCACAAGCACCACUGAUAGCCAAACAAAUCCCCAGCUCAGCGCUAGUGGAACGACAAGUGGGAGCGGGAGCGUGGCUGUUAUGACGCCUUUGCAGCCAACCGAGAGUUUGCCCACUCAGACCAUCUCUCAACCCGAAGAUGUUGUUGUCGAGUCGGACCGUGUUCCCACUUCGCGCUUGAGCGAGCGGCGCACACCGACCCCACUGGACAUCAAUCUGAGUUUGAUCUCGUCACAUGCUCAAGCAGAGGCGCUGGUCAAGAAGGAGCUGAAAGAUAUUCUCGAUAUGCCUGCUUUGUCACCUGACACUACAAAGACUCCUGGGUGGACGCCAUUGAGCGCCCGCCUGGCAGCAUACGGGGAAAGUCUGGAACUUGAAAGAAAGUUCAGGGCUGAAACGACACCCGCAACUCCAAUUAACGAAGAAACUCCCACUGCCCUACAUCCAAACAGACAGAAUGACGCUCUUUCCGGUGGAAGUGUUGGCCGGCAGAACAGCUUCGAUGCUAGGCCCCGUAAACGACGCAAAGAGCCGCAACGGCCACAUACGAGCAGUGGAACAGACUCGACCUCAACGGAGUCUGUCCACACGCAUUAUUCUUCCCAGUCGACAUCGGCAGUGUCGUCGACAACAGAUGUCAGAGCUGUCCCGAUGGUCGCGCAAACUGCCGCCACUGCCGCCAAAGUUGUACAAGCCAAUCAUCGUGUUCGCCGAGCACGGACUCCCGAUCCUGAAGCGGGUCUGAGUCGCGUUAGCUCGCUAGAGCUCGAAUCAAUUGACACGGAGUUGGGCCCUGCGUUGACUCGUGUCUCCACUGCGCCAAUUCCACCAACGCAGAACAAGCGGGAUCUCGCUCGUCAUAUAGCGAGUGCCAACAAGCUGACUCGAAUGGGAUUCCCGCCAUCGCAGCAAACCAAACAAGAGACGGCCCAGACUAAGCGCUUCGGGCUCAAAUCCUUCAUGCAGUCCUGGAAGGGCAAACCUUGA